AGUGCCUGCUGUUCCGGUACGAAGCAGUAUUAGGUUGCGAGCUGCGAGCCCCUCUCUCCCCUCUCCCGCCCCACGAUGGAUAAUUUCGAGCGCAUACUGGUCGAUGUCGACUGCAGCCGGUACGAGGAGGACGCCUUUUCGCUGCUGGACAAAUCGCGCGACGUCAACAUUGUGCGCGACCUGCGCUCCUCCACCGUGUCCGCGUUUGAUCAAACGAGCUUCCCCCAGCUGAACAUCUCCUCCCGGACGCAGCUCAAGCAGCAGCUGUUUCGCGAGCAGAUCAAAAACAGCGAGACGGGCCCGCGGUCGAUGGUUACCUCGCCCGGGCCGCCCGUCCUGUCCGUCCGGCUGCCGCUCGAAAACAUCGACAUCGAGCUGCCGAAGAAGGUGCUGCAGGUGGAGACGCGGCUCGAAAACCCGACCCGCUACCACGUGAUCCAGAAGCAGAAGACGCAGGUGCGCGAGUACGUGACCGCCGCCCUCAAGCUCACCAAGCAGAACCUGGUGCGGGAGUCGUGCCGGCACACGCGGCUCAUGAUACUGGGUCGGCUGUACGAUUCGUUCAUCAGUACGAAGCCGGCGAGCGCGGGCAGCGGUGGUGCCGGUCCGCAGGCUGCCCCAGUGCCCGGAGCGGGCGGUGGUGCCACUCCCGCCAACGGGGUCCCGCUCGGCCCAACCGCCGUCCCGAACGGACCGGGCAAGGCAAUGAGCAGCAUGGUGGUCGGUGGUGCGCCGGCGAUGACCGCCGGUUCCGCCCAGUCGUCCGGUACGCCCUCCGCCACGCCCACGAUCGAGCAGCAGCAGGAGUGGCGGCUGGAGAUGAAGCUGUCCUGCCGGUUCGGCAACAAGCUGUACCAAACGUUCGUGGACGAGUUCGACUACGUGCGCGACCUGCUCGGGCUGAUCCGGUUCGAGAUACCGAAGUGGGUGUUCGUGGUGUCGGAGUUUGAGGACGAGAUAUCGUCGUACGAGUGCAACCGGGCGGCCCGGGCGGCACAGCAGGCGGCGGUCGCUGCCGUCGCCGCCGAUCAGGAGUUCCUGGUGCGGCCCGGUCUGGCCGGCGAGAAGGGCUCCAAGCACGAGAAGUUCAUCGAGCCGGAGGUGCGCGAUCGGAUCAAGAAGGACAAUCACAACUGCAGUAGGUAUUUGUGGCGCGCCACGGGGACCACGGGUGGUCCACGGCGCUAUCGAACCGUCUGGGAGCAUUGUACGGGGGUUUUGCCGGACUGCUGCUGCUAACGUAUCUGUGCCAGGCAGGGUGUGUCGUGCCGUAAGCCGGCACGUGCCUCUGCCAUUUGAAGCUAAUGUGAUGAUCGAAACGGUUGUGCAGGUUUUUCGUUUGCCUGCCAAGAGCUCAUCCAGAGCCUGUUCAUAUUGUGUAUGUAAUCCUGUUUUUUUGUGUUUAAAUUAUUCUUACCAAACAUUAUCACCUAAUGCUUGUAGCGGCCGGCAGAAAAUUUCUUUCCCCGGCAAGCGGUGCGCCUCUUUUUUGUUUUCCUUUCAUUUUCCCAUUUCUCUUGAGGUGGCAAAAGGGGCGGUCGUCACUACCGCGGGUCGUCUCCAUCUUCCAGCGCCAGCGCACGCUUUCCUCCAGAACCAGUGUGUGUCUGACCCGCGGCCCGGGUUCGUCGUAGCGGUCGCUAUUCAACCCCAAACUCCAUCAGCCGCGAUAUCGUUUCCUGUAAAUGGUUACAACAACCAGCACUCGCUCUAUAUGGAUAAAGAUAACCUCAAAGCAAACAAAA